CGCCUGACGGUUUAAAGGUGAAGAGAGAAAAGACGCGGAACUAGAGAAGUCCACUUUUUGGUUUACCGACUGCGAUAAGGAUAAAGCUGCUGUAAUGUUAUUCAAGUCACUUGUGGGGAGUGCCUGCACUCUGCUGGGAGCUGCGACGGCCAUCAAAAUCGGAAUAAAAGGAAUUAAAGUCAAAUAUUGACUUGCAUCUUGUCGUGAAGCCCCUCUGGAAGUCCAGGCCCAGGCCGCGGCCCUCCUCCACAGCGCAGUGAGGAAGUCUUCUCUGGUGGAACAGGCAAAUAUGAGGGUUGAACUUCUCCCAGCUCUCAGUGACAACUACAUGUACCUCCUGAUAGACGUGGAGUCCAGGGAAGCAGCUGUUGUUGACCCUGUGGAGCCAAUCAAGGUUGUGGAAGCUGUGAGAAAGCAUGGCGUAAAACUCACAACAGUUUUGACCACUCAUCACCACUGGGAUCAUGCUGGUGGAAAUGAGAAGAUGUUAAAGCUAAUGCCCGGACUGAGGGUCUAUGGAGGAGAUGACAGAGUUGAUGCUAUUACAAAGAAAGUUUCUCACUCCAACAAUAUAAAAGUUGGAUCACUUAAUGUCAAAUGCCUGUUUACACCGUGUCACACAACUGGUCACAUCUGUUACUAUGUGACAAAGGAAACAAGCACUGAGCCACCAGCUGUUUUCACAGGGGACACGCUGUUUGUGGCUGGCUGUGGUAAAUUCUUCGAGGGUACAGCAGAGCAGAUGUACAAAGCCUUGAUGGAUAUUCUGGGAUGCCUGCCUCCUGAAACACGUGUUUACUGCGGGCACGAGUACACCGUCAGCAAUCUGAAAUUUGCACGUCAUGUGGAACCAGACAAUGAAGUCAUUCAGAAGAAGCUGGCAUGGGCAAAGGAGAAAUGCAGCAAUGGAGAACCUACCAUUCCUUCCACUUUGGCAGAUGAAUUCACAUUCAACCCCUUUAUGAGAGUAAAAGAGAAAUCGGUGCAAGAACACGUUCAGCAGACGACCCCGAUUGAAACCAUGAGAAGUCUCCGGAAAGAAAAAGAUGUCUUCCGGGUGCCCAAGGAGUGAUGUCCAGUGCAUUCAUGCUCCUUAACAACACUUUGAGCUUUAAUAGUGCACUUCAAAGUAUAUCUGCAUUUCAUCUUCAAAGCCGCUAUGGAUAAACAUUUUUUUUUUUUAAAGCCAUAAUCAGAUCUAUUAUGGCUAUAAACUUAUUUUGGUUUUAUUUGGUUUGUUUGGAUCAUAUUUUUUUUAAGGAAUAUAUGGUCAUUCAUUUAACGCUUAGAGAAAGAGAAAUCAAUUUGUUAAUUGGUAAAUCCGAGUUUUAGAGUUUUGAAAUCUGUUGAGGAUCAUUUUGUAGUAUAUCAAUGUAAAAACUACAAUUUCAUGAAAGGUUAGGAUUCAAAAACAUGAACAAGAAAAGGAGCAGCUUGUUGGACAAAUGUAGUAAUAUAUGUAACAUUUCUGUAAAUAAAUAAUUAUAAUAAAGAUUUAUAUCAGUG